AUGGACCGUGUGAGUGUUUUAAAGAAAGCUCCGGAUGCACGAUUGAUGGCGUACUUGGAGCUAGCCGGAUUUGGGUCAGUAGUAUUGAUCCGGUCCUCCGACUUGCGCUUUGAUUUAUUAUCUGCGCUAGUGGAGCGGUGGCGCCCGGAGACCCACACUUUCCAUUUUCCUUGCGGGGAGUGCACGGUUACCUUGGAGGAUGUUGCAUUGCAGCUUGGGCUCCCAAUUGACGGGAGUCCCGUAACGGGAGUAUCUUCAUUUACGGAUCCGACUGCACUUUGUUAUCAGCUCCUAGGAGACUCGCCAGGGGACGAUGAGUCAUAUUUUUCCGGCAUAAAAUUUACAUGGCUGAAAGCCAAAAUUGGACAAUUAUCAGCGACUGCCACUGAAGGUGAGUUGAUUGCGUUGCUCGAGCGUACAUCAUGCAUAUGCUAGGGGCAGUACUCAUGCCUGAUGCAAACGGCGACAGUGUGCAUUUUAUGUACUUGCCCCUGCUAGUUGAUUUUUCCACUGCUAGGUCGUAUAGCUGUGGUUCUGCCGUCCUAGCAAUGUUGUACCGGGAGCUUUGUCGGGCGACAAAGCCGUAUGUGCGCGACAUCGGCGGAUGCCUCAUACUGCUGCAGUCCUGGGCGCUUUAUCGGCUUCAGUUUUUAGCAUUCGUUAGUCACCAACCGUAUCUGUAUCCACUGCCACUCAGGUGGACUGCUCAUCCAGGCAUCGGGAAGUUGUAUGAUGUCCCAAUAUACCACCUCAUGAUUGAACAACAUGCCCGGGAAGAGUUUAUAUGGAUGCCAUACCGGAGGCCGGAAAUUACAAAUGUUGUACCCUCGUCUGCAUACGUUGAUUCCCACAUAUGGUGCACUAAAGCACCAAUUAUCAAUUUCAACGUAGUCGAGUGGUAUCACAGAGACCGGGUGCUACGGCAAUUUGGAUGCAUCCAACCUAUCCCGGAGCCGCCGUGCCAGUUGGGGGAAGUUCACGGCAUGACAAAUAGAGGAAGAUUUCAAUUGGAUUGGGGAAUUUAGCACCGAAAAUUUGUGGCAUUGUGGAACGAUAGAUUACGUCGAGUACCUCAGAUGGUUAUGGUUACCGACCCGCAACCAUCAUUAGAAUAUAUACAAUGGUAUUAUGGUUGCGGGAAGCCAUAUUUACUUGGAGGCCAAUUGACUGUAAUCCCCUGGCACGUGCAGUAAGUUGGGGGAUCAGACGCAGGGAUUUCGGUGGAUUCGGAUCUGAUGGCAUAUUAUCCUCCACAACUAGCAGAGCCGAGCAGGAGCCCCAGCCAGAUCCCGAACAGUUAGGGUCAAAUGUGGAUUCACAUGGCUAUCGUCCGGAUUUGGCGGUCGGACACUAUUUUCUGAGCUUCGCAGAGGGUGAAAACGCCUACGAGUAUGAACUGUUUGGAUCCUACCCGCCGCAGUACGGUAUGCCCGGCCCGUCCGACCCGUAUCCGCAGCACCAUGGGACUCAUUCCGGUUCAAGUUCGUCGGUAGCGAACGAGCCACAGGACUUUUCCUCUAUGUGCGCCACACCCCCACCUGCGCCGGAUGAUAAUGUUGGUCGUCGCCUAGGACGUGAUCGUCGACCUCCGCGUAGGUAUACCCCCAGGACAACACCAUCGAACCAUCAA